GGGGAGCCGGGAGCCCGGCCUGGCCCUUUAAACCUGCCGCGGCGGCGGCGGGGCCGUGCCGGUGCGGGACACGUGAGGCGGCCGCGGCGUGCGGCGGCGGCGCUACCCGGCUGCCGUGCUGCUCGUGUUUUCUCUGGCCGGCCGCCAGCCCCCGCUCGCUGGGUUUUCGGUCUCUCGUUCUGCCUCCUCCUCCUUUCCCCCCGCACCCUCCCCUCCCCUUUCGCACAGCCCCCUCCUGGUUUUUCCACCCGCGGGGAAAGGUGGAUUUUCUUUUCUUUUCCUUUUUUUUUUAAAGCCCUCAUCCCAAGUUGAGUCCGUGGGCAGGACUCGCAUAAUAAUAUUUCCAGUCUCCGCAGCUCCCAUCACAGACACGAACCCAGCACCGCCCCCCCCUUUUUUUUCCCCCUUCCCCAAUCUCCCAAAUCGUUUUAUUAUUUUUUAAAUGAUCGCUCUUUUCGCCCGCUGCUGCCGAAAUCCCGGUCUUCCCAGGGUGCAUGCUUCUGGCAGGACCGUGCAGUGUUCUCAGGCCAUUUUCACUGUGUCUUAUCUUAAUUUGUCCUGAUCCGAUCCAAGCGCGAUAGCCACCACUUGCUCUCAAUUUGUAGGAUCUUUCUUCCCCUUCUUGGUUUGCUCCCGGCUCCCCUCGGAGUGUUUCCCUCUCUUCUUGCAUUUCCAGGGUUGCAAUUUACUCUGCCUUUUCUUCUUCUAUUUUUUUUUUUAAACCUCCCCUUUUUUGAAUUGCUUCAUGUUACUUACUAACCAUUCCUAAAUUGUAAGAGAGAUUCAUUCCCCCUCCUCUUCCACCACCACCAGCACCACUACCACCAUCACCUCCUCCUCCUCCUCCUCCCCUUCUCUUCUCCUUUUUGGCAGCACCAGGACGUCCGGUGUGGUGGUGGCAGCGAGCAGCAAAAGCAGCAAGAGCUCGUUUUGAUUCCCCCCCUUCCAAGGUGCUUUGGAGAGACUGGUUUAAGGCUGAGCAGCAGAAGUCACGAUGAGUGCACAAGGUGAGGGACCCGGUCAGCCUUCCACUGCUGCCCAGGAGCAACCUGCAACCGCAGAGCCUCAGAAGAGAGGACGAGGCAGACCCAGGAAGCAACCACAAGAACCAACUGGUGAACCAUCUCCUAAAAGACCAAGAGGAAGACCCAAAGGAAGCAAAAACAAGAGUCCCUCUAAAGCAGCUCAGAAGAAAGCAGAAGCCACUGGUGAAAAGCGACCCAGAGGCCGGCCCAGAAAAUGGCCUCAACAAGUGGUUCAAAAGAAGCCUGCUCAGGAAGAGACCGAAGAAACGUCCUCACAAGAGUCUGCAGAGGAAGACUAGGAGACCGCACCACGCAAUUUCUACCUCAUCAGCAGUUGGGUCUUUUGAAGGGAGAAGACACUGCCUUGACCACUUAUUUUCUAUUGCCAUGGUCUUUCCACUUUUGCCUGGGGGGGGUGGGGGGGGUGGGAAUUGCAUAACCUUAAAAAGGAUUUGACUAAUCAUCUUUUUUGUAAUCCCUUCACAGUCCCAGGUUUAGUGAAAAACUGCUGUAACACAAAGGGGACACAGAUUAACGAUGCAACCUUUAAUUACUGUUUUCUUUUCUCUUAACCUACUAAUAGUCCAUUUGAGCUGCUAAGUAAUGGUGAGUGGGUCAAAAAUUGCUCCGAAUCGGGUUUAUGUCAUUCACUGCACUGCAUCUAAACAAUUAACUUGUAACAUAGUCAUUAUAAUGGGCAUUGAAAUAGGAAAGGCUGUGUGUGUGACACUAAAGCCUUGCAGCUCUUCCAGGAACCCACUCCCUACUUAGUGAACUCCCUGUUUUAGAACACCAAAGAUAGGGAAUACAUACUACUCUUUUUUCUCUUGUAACCUUCUUGUAGACUUGUACUUGAUUUUUUAUUUUAUUUUAUUUUUAUUUUUUUUAAGACUUACUGUUAUUUCAGGAAAAAAAUUGAAAGCUGAUCUUUCACUUCAUUCAGCUGGUAAGCAGAAGAAAGAAAUCCACACGAGAAAGGUACUUUCAUUUUGCAAAAGGGAAGAAAGACAAAGAUACGUUGUAUAGUAAUAGAUACGAACAUAUCAGCACAAGUAGUAGUAAACGAAACGAGCAGCCCUCAUCUUCUGGAUGAUAGGAAGCCAGAGUUGGCUUCCUGUAGAUCCAGGCAUUUUCUAUGGAAACAAAAAUAACUGACACCAAACACCUUAUGCCAUUAAUGACUAAGUCUUUACUGAGAAAAGCGUUUUAAAACAUACAGAAAGGUACCUCAAAAUUAACCGUGUAUUUGUCCUAACAAAAAUAAUCCAGAUGUUUUGCUUAGUUUCGCCUAAUUCCAUUCGCCCCAUACCAGUAUUUCAAAAGCAUUGCAUCCCUCCUCAGUACUCAUCAGUCCUGAUGUAAGAACAAACACCACGUACCUCAGCUAAGCUCGUGCAUUACUUUAAGCAAUGUAUUUUGACAUAGGAUGGUUCACUGAGCACCUUGGUGCCAGUGACGUUUUUCCAUCUUUUCAUUCAAAGCAGCACUUUUAGCACCAGAUGCAAUAUUACCCCCACUAUUCAGUGCUACCUCUGAUUUUUACAAGUAACUCGACAGACUGAUAAAUACAUGCUGCUAUACACAUUCAAUGCAGGAAAUUUUUACUGGGUAGAUAAAUCAUGAGUAUCUGCGUUUUCCCCUUAUUUCUACUUCCACACUUGAUUGCAGUUAAGGAAGCAAUAUCUUCAUUGUGUUUUGGCAUGACUAUGUAUUUUUCUUUCUCUUGGUUUGUUUUUUUUUUUUUCUGUUUUGUUUUGUUGGGUUUUUUUUCAAUGUACUUACCCUAUUCUCUGCUAGACUUCUGUGUAAUGUACUGUUAACUUGAAUAUAUUUUUGUACUGAAUUGCUGAUAGGUUUGUGAGGAUAAUUUUCUGCAAUGACACUACAUGACAUAGAAAAAAAUUUAGCUGUAAUGUUUAAAUAUUACUGUCCAAGUUUGUACCUCAAAUGAAUUGUUUAAAGAAAUGGACUAAUUGAUUGACAAAGACCUACCUCCAGACUUUAAAUAGAAUGAACUUGUUACUUUCAGCAUUAGUUUUGAGACGUUGGAAACAGUUAGGACUGCAACUAAUCCCUAAUUGAAAACUAUUUUUGUAAAAUAACUUGUGGAAAAUGAACACAUUUUAAAUUACUUUCGUAUUAAAAAAAAAAAAAAAAGAACAAAAAAAAAAUAAAACCCUUCAAAGAAACUUGAAGCUUUGUAGGUGGGAAGCAACAAGCUCAGCUUUUGCAUAAUGCAAUCACAAAUAUGUGUUUUAAAAAAAAAAAGAAGAAGAAAUUAGUAGAUUGUAAGAAAAUACUUGACAAGUAUUUUCGUGUAUUUUACACAAAUGUGAUUUUGUAAUAUGUUUCAGCCAGAUUUAUUUUAAAUGCUUCUUAUGUAGAGGUUUUUUUUAUUCUUCUCUCUCUCACUUUUGUUGUUCCUUCUCUUUCUCUCCUCCUGUUUUGCUUUCUCUAGUUCUGUUUUAGUUCUCUUCUUCCUCUCUUUCCUAGUCAGUACUUUUUACCAUUGUAUUAAUAACUGGGCCAGGGGUAGUUUCUCAGGAAGGCGUCUGUUAGGAUGGCUUUAGUACCAAGCCAAAUGCAGUUAAGAUAACUACUUACUGGCUUCUUCCCAGAGGCAGUGUCAAGAAAUACGGACCCUCCUUGAAAGCCCACAGAGGGUUCAGUGGCGGAAAUCGCUGAGAAAGAGCUGAUCAGAGUAUUACAACUAGACACGUUAAUACCGAGUGAAAGAGAAAGAAUCCUAGCUCUACGGUAGCUCUAACAGGCCAAAUCCAGUGUCACUUGAAGGCAGUAGAAGGAAUUCUGCUGACUUCAAAGGGCAUCGAAUCAAGCCUUAAGCAAGUCCCUUUUGGGGUUUUAUUUUUGCAUUUUUUAAAACCACAGUAUUCCGUGGAUGACACAGAAAUAACGGCUGGGUGUGCGGCACACUUCAGCCUCUGAGAGACUUACCACUCUGAGGAACCGAGUCUUGUAUUUUCUCUAUAUUGUAGUACAAUCAAAACACAUUACUACCUCUUAGGGCCUACUAUACCUCAUUUGUUUUCAGACUGAAAAAUCGCAUGUGGCCACGGAAUCAGUGAGAACAUCAUAAAAUUUUUUAUAUAUAUAGUUUAUUUUUGUGGGAGAUAAAUUUUAUACGACUGUUCUUUGCUGUCAGUGGUCACUGCUAACUAAGACUGGACAUUUAACUCUUUACCAUUUCUGCAAGAGAGGUGUGUUUGCAGGAAAAAAAGUAAAAAAAACCCGCUUCAAGAUGUUUAACUACAGUUUACCUUUUCUUUUGAGUGUCUUCUAACUUUGCGCUUUGUUCUUCGUGUAGAGUUGCUGUCUAUGAUUGUACUUCAAAUCGCUUGCUUGUUGAAAAUGUUCCUUUAAUGGAUUAUCACAGUCUGUUCAGCACAAUAAACAUAAUAGCCUCUGUGA